UGGGAGGAGGUUGCGCCAUUUUGGCUGUGUAGCAGGAGGAGAGUGGGAGGAGGAGCUGGAGGGAGUGGAUGAGCUGUGUUUCCACCGCUGGGCUCUCAGAGGAACCGGAGAGACACUGUAGCUAAAGCCAAAAACAGCGCUGACCACCCAGCCCCGCACCCACCGCGCCCCGGCCACGCACCGCCCGUCGCCCCGCAGCUCUCUCAGCCGGACUGCUCUGCAGGAGCGCGGAGCCAGGAGCUACUGAGACCGGCCUCCCUCUCACCAUGGCAGGUGCCGGAGGCGGGGGCAACGAUGUGCAGUGGUGCUUCUCGCAAGUAAAAGGGGCCAUUGAUGAUGAUGUAGCUGAAGCCGACAUCAUCUCUACUGUGGAGUUCAACCACUCAGGGGAACUGCUGGCCACAGGAGACAAAGGAGGGCGGGUUGUCAUCUUCCAGCAAGACACUGAGAACAAGAGUCAGCCGCAGUGCCGCAGCGAGUACAAUGUUUACAGCACGUUUCAGAGCCACGAGCCCGAAUUCGACUACCUAAAAAGCUUGGAGAUCGAAGAGAAGAUCAACAAAAUCCGCUGGCUGCCACAGAAGAACGCAGCACAGUUUUUGUUGUCUACAAACGAUAAAACUAUAAAAUUAUGGAAGAUAAGUGAACGUGAUAAAAGACCAGAGGGCUACAAUCUUAAAGAGGAAGAUGGACGCUGCAGGGAUUCAACCACCAUCACGACUCUACGGGUGCCAGUGUUCAGACCCAUGGACCUCAUGGUGGAGGCCAGCCCUCGCCGAGUUUUUGCCAACGCCCACACUUACCACAUCAACUCCAUCUCAGUCAACAGCGACAACGAGACGUACCUGUCAGCUGACGACCUGCGCAUCAACCUUUGGCACUUGGAAAUCACAGACCGCAGCUUCAACAUUGUGGACAUUAAACCGGCCAACAUGGAGGAGCUGACGGAGGUGAUCACAGCCGCUGAGUUCCACCCUCACCAGUGCAACACCUUCGUCUACAGCAGCAGCAAGGGCACUAUCCGCAUGUGUGACAUGCGCGCCUCCGCACUUUGUGACAAGCACUCCAAGUUAUUUGAGGAACCAGAAGACCCCAGCAAUCGCUCUUUCUUUUCAGAAAUCAUCUCUUCCAUCUCAGACGUGAAGUUCAGCCACAGCGGUCGUUACAUGAUGACCCGAGACUACCUGUCCGUCAAGAUCUGGGACCUUAACAUGGAGAACCGCCCAGUGGAGACGUACCAGGUUCAUGAAUACCUCAGGAGUAAGCUGUGCUCGCUCUAUGAAAACGACUGCAUUUUUGACAAGUUCGAGUGCUGCUGGAACGGGAAUGACAGCGUGGUGAUGACGGGCUCCUACAACAACUUCUUCCGCAUGCUGGACCGCACGCAGCGGCGGGACGUGACCCUGGAGGCGUCUCGGGAGAGCAGCAAACCGCGGCAGGUCCUGAAGCCCCGGCGGGUGUGCGCCGGCGGCAAGCGCAAGAAGGAUGAGAUCAGCGUGGACAGCCUGGACUUCAACAAGAAGAUCCUGCACACCGCCUGGCACCCGCAAGAGAACAUCAUCGCCGUGGCAACCACCAACAACCUCUACAUCUUCCAGGAGAAAGUGAACUAGCGGGCGCUCAUCGUCUCUCUCUCUGUCUGUCUCUCUCUCCAUCUCUCUCUCUCUCUCUGUCGGCCGGCGUGGUGGAGAUGAAGAUGGAGAUGAAGAUGAUGAUGAUGGAGAUAGAUAAAUCUCCGAACCUCUCUGUCUGUCUGUCUCUGUGUGGGGGAGGGCGGGUACGGGGCUGGGGAGGAUGAGGAGGAGGAUGAAUAUUAUUAUUAUGAUGAUGACGACGACGAAGAAGAUGACACUGAUGAUGAUGAUAACGACGACAAUGACAACUUUAAAGAUUAUUGAUGAUAAAUAAUGAUGAUAAAUGAACUAGCGACAAAAAAAAAUAAAAUAAAUAAAAUGAAUUGUUUCUGUGGCAAACAUCACCACCAACAUCAUCACCAUGACAACCAAAACCACCACCACCACUACUACUGUAACCACAGCAACCACCACCACAAUCAUCACUUACAGACAGGCACCUCCUGCUCCAGGACCGGGUAAAGCGGUGAGAGAGAGAGGCUGGUCUGGAGAAUGAUGGGUGGCAGGUUGAAUACCAGGUUGCCAGGUCUCUUGCCUUCCUCCGGUCAUGUGCCAUCUGCUGUCUGUACCCACGACCCUCUCCUUCACCCCCUCCACCCCACUUACAUCCACCCGUCAUUCCCUGCGGCAGUGCGUGAGUGGUGGAGUGGGCAGCCGGUUCAAGUAUCUCCAUCAAUCUGUCAGUCAGACAUCAGCCAUAGUUUUUUCCGUUGUUUUUCUUUUUUUUUUUUUUUUUUUGUUCUGUUUUUGUAUUCUUCUUUCGGUUUUGUUCAAGGUGUCUGUGUAUAAAAAAAACAGCAAUUUGAACUCGUAUGGAUGUCCCUGUAUUCUUUAAGCCUCAGCUUAUUUUGUGCCAUUGUACGAUAUAUAUUUUUUUCUUUCAUUUUUUUUUAUUCAUUCAGUGAAACUGCCAAGAUGAUGUUUAGGUUGUUUUAAUUCUGUUUAAAGAAUGUUUCUUUCGUUUUUUUUUUUGUUUUGUUUUUUUUCCUGUCUUUAUUCUGCUCAAUAAAUUCUCUCCGAUACUGUCCUUAAACACACAAACCCGUUCAGCCAGAAAGGUUUCUCUUUUUUCAUCCUUUUUUACGUUAUUUCCGUUCCGUUCUUUUCUUCCAAAAGUGAAUUUAAAGGGCCACUGCAGCAAACAAGGGCCUUUUCGAAAACAUAUACAUACAUCCAUCCAUCCAUACAUACAUGCAUACAUACAUAAGCCCUGUCUGGACGGGAGUAGUUUCCCAGGUGGACGUCCGUGAAAAGUAUUUCACACUUCUACUAUCACAGUGAUAGUGAUCCUGCUUCUGGACUGCAAUUGAAAAAAACAGGAGGACCAGUGAGUAUUUUUCGAAGCUUUUUUCUCGGUCACAUGACAUCGCCAUUCAGUAUCUCCUCCAUUUCGACUCACUAUUGUGUUUUUUUUUUUAUAUAUAUAUGCGGAUCUCGGUGGAAACAUGCGCUCAAAGUGUAAUUGCGGUGCACGGCAGUGGACAAAUGAGCUAUUUUAUUCAACUCUAGGUGAUGUGUGUCCGGACAGGACUAAAAUUACCGGAGGACCACAGAGUUCAGCAACAAAUAAACAUUAGAUAAUUCAGCCUGUAAUUUUCUCAGAGGACAUCUGAAAAUAUCACGGACAUGGUCAUUUUGGAUGGAUAUAAAAUUCCGGAACCCCCUGAGAAACUAAUCCCAUCCGGAUAAUAGGGCUAUCUAUAGUCACACACACAAAAACAUGCACUUAAACACACCUAAAAUCACACACUCAGUGCCCCAAAGAUUAUUAUUCCUUAUUACUUUAUUAUUGUUAUUAUUAAUAAUCUUCUCAGUGCAGAAGACCCGUGCAGUAGAAGACGGCCUGUGGCAGAAGUGUCGUAGUCAUGUGUAAAAUGUUUGCGCUACAGUCUGUCUACAGUGAGUAGUGUGUUUAUGUACACACACCCAUACAUAGAGAAACACACAACCCAAUAAAUAGACUGCUAAUUGGCCUGAGCGAGAACUGUUGCCCUUACUGUAUUAUUUUACUUUUGUUCUUUCUCUCUCUCUCUCUCUCUCUCUCUCUCUCUCUCUGUCUCUUUCUCUCGUUCUCUCUCUCUUGUUGCAAGCUGAGAAAGAUUAUAGAGAUUAUGAUAAUGAUAAAUGGUAUUUAUAAACUGAACAAACAUUAA